UUUCCCCUUCUCCCUCCGGUCCAGCUCAGGGGAGAGAGGCGCCCAGUCUUGGCUUUUCUUUACUGCAGCUGGGCGGGAGCCCCCGUUUGUGAAAUCAGCCCAACCACAGGCAAACUCCGCCCGCGAGCAGCUCCGCGCUCCGGAGGCAAGUUGAACGCCGCAGCUGGGGUGUUGCAUGGGCUGCUCCUCCAGCCACUCCCGUCGGGGGGGAGGAUUCAUGACUUGGGAAGGGAGGGGACGCGUCUUCCCGAGCCGGAUCCGCAAGAGCGCAGCAAAAACUCUCGGGAGCGGGGACUCUGAUCUCCCGGCGCUAGCGGCCAGGCUGCGGGACCCUGCCCCGGAAUAUGCCUGAUCUCCAGCCGCUCAUCCGCCUUCAGCGCGCUAGGCUUUGGGAUCGCAGGUAGUUUUGCCAUGUUUGCCAGGACGGCGCUUCAGCUCGCUCUGUGGCUGCAAGUUGCGCUGGGGCAGAGUCUACCUAAGAGAGGUCUCCAGCCCUUCAUCCCAGACUCAGAAGGGGACCUCCUCUUCCUGCUGGACAGCUCUGGCAGUGUCUCCUACUACGAGUUCUCUAGGAUCAAGGAGUUCGUCAGGGGCCUCCUGCGACCCUUCACCUUUGGCCCCAGUGACGUCCAGACCAGCAUCAUCCACAUCAGCACGGUGCCCACCAUAGAGUUCCCCUUUGACCGGUACUUGUCCAGUGGGGCAGUGCAACAGGCCAUCCGGGACACGCAGCAGCUGAUGGGGGACACCAACACGGGCAAAGCCCUCUCCUUCGCCAAGGAGAAGUUCUUCACGGACGAAGCUGGCGCCCGGGCGGAUGUGCCCAAGGUGCUGGUGUGGGUGACGGAUGGCUUCUCUACUGAUGACAUCUCCCAGCCCAUGCAGCUGCUGAAGGACAUGGGGGUCACGGUCUUCAUCAUCAGCACUGGGCGCGGGAACUACCUGGAGCUUUCGGCAGCUGCCAGCCAGCCUCCUGAGAAGCACUUGCACUUUGUGGACGUGGAUGACAUGCCCAUCAUCACCAAGGAGCUGAGGGACGCCAUCAUAGAUGUUAUCCGAGCCAAGCGGCUCCGCGCCGUGGAGAUCACCUCCAGCAGCUUCCGUCUGACGUGGCCUAGGCUCCUCUCCAGCGACACCGGCUACUACGUGCUGCAGUACGCCCCUGCGGACGACCCGAGGAGGAAGCUGGUGAAGCAGGUGUCCGGGGAUCACACCACAGAUGUCCUGAGCGAUCUCUCGCCAGAAACCACCUACGAGGUCGUGCUCGUUCCAGAGUCCAACGAGCACUAUAUCCCUCUGCAAACCACCAGGGUCACCACGCUGGAAGAGGAAAUCAGCCCAACUCGGGUUCUCAUCUCGGAGUCCAAGCCGCACAGCUUCCGCGUCAGCUGGGCUCCCACGCCGGACAGUGUGAGGAGCUACCAGGUGCUGUAUGGGCCGCUGCCUGGCAAUUCAGCUAAGCUGCUGGAAGUGGAUGGGGCGCACAACAGCACAGUAGUGGAGAACCUGGCCCCCAACACCACCUACUUGGUGACGGUGGCGGCCAUCUAUAAAUCGGGGAAGGAGAAAGCCCUGUCGGCCAAAGCUUGCACGCAGGAAGAGAGCUCCAAGGUGAGGCACCUGCGCUUCGAGGACAUGGGCCCCAACACCCUGAAGGCCUCCUGGGACUCGGCCGACGGGCCAGUCCUCGGUUACCGAGUGAGGUGCCGGCGGCAGACGGGCCCCUCGUCACUCCUCAGCGUCUCGCCGCAGAUCCACAGCGUGCUCCUGACGGACCUGGCCUCGGGCACUGCCAACAAAGUGUGCGUGAAGCCCGUGUACAGGAACCAGCCAGGGAAGGGGCUGUGCCGCAUGGUUCACAUGCAGCAUGCCACAGCAGCACAAGGAUACAAGCACAGACGGAGCGCGUGAGGGACACUGGACUGAGCUGUUCCCCUACAGCGUGAGGGGAAAGGAUUGGACAAGGAUGAAUAGGGGGACCUCACCGAUCAUCUCCCAUCCUGCGUUACCCCUUGAGGUGUGUGGUUCCCCCUAGCUGUUGUCAAGCCCAUUAGACUCCUGAAACUGUAAAGUACGACCCCCAGCUUAUCAAACAGCUUGGCUGGCUGGAGCAAGCGGACGGGCUGAUGGAUCCCAGCCAUGCAAUGGGUGCGGGUUAAAAAUUGUGCUAGCCUUUUGUAUGUUCCUACGCCUGAAAAAUUAGCGACGGAAAGACAAAGUGGGAAAUCGUAACCGUUGUUUGCUUCCUGUUUUUUAUUCAUUUUCUGUCUUGUUUUGGUUUUUGCAGAGUAUAAGUGGCCUUGCACUGAUCACAAGUGGCUGGGAGCCACAUUGAUCCCUGGUGUAUAACUCCAUAGAAGCUGUUGGAGUUAGACCAGGGGUGAAUUGUGCCCAGUGAGAUCAAUGAGUUUGGGAGGCAGAUCUAGGUAUUGUGACAGGG